CCACUAAAACACAAAAUACUUUUUUGGACAGCUAAAUAUUUAAACAGAAUCGAUUGUUCGACUUUAUUGAAACCGUGUUAAAUAAUUUUAAAGGAUUGUAAUGAUUUUGUAAAGUAUUAAGUGUUCCACGAGGUAAGGAACAAAGGACAAAAAAGGACUGCACAUAGACACCAUGUGAAGAGGACCAAUAAUCAGCUGCUGUCACAACACAUUCUGUUGUAAUGAUGGAGUGUGUUAAAGAGGAGACUGAUCCUGAAUCAUUCACAAUAACACCUCAACAUACUGAACAACAAACAGGCCUGACGGGAGUGAAAGAGGAAGAUCAACAACAAAAUAAAAUGAAGGAUGAACAUCAGCACCACAAUUUCAUAAGUGAAGAAAAUUCAUUCAGUUGCUCACAAACUCUUGAGAAUUCACCUCAAGAAAGAGAAGCCGCCAAAAUCUCAAAGAGUGACUUAAGGUGCCAUACUGAAGAAAGACCAUACACCUGCUAUCAGUGUGGAAAAUGUUUUAAACAAAAAGGAAAUCUUGAUGCUCACCUAAAGACUCACACUGGAGAAAUGCCAUACACCUGCUAUCAGUGUGGAAAAUGUUUUAAACUAAAAGGAAAUCUUGAUGCUCACAUAAAGUCUCACACUACAGAAAGGCCAUACACCUGCCAUCAGUGUGGAAAAUGUUUUAAACGAAAAGGAGCUCUUAAUGUUCACAAAAAGACUCACACUGGAGAAAGGCCAUACAGCUGCCAUCACUGUGAGAAGGCUUACAAACAUAAAAGUGACCUUAAGGCACAUCUGGUCAGUCAUGGAGAUGGGAGACCCUUUGAAUGCCCGCAGUGCGAUAAGACUUACAUAAGUAAAGGCAGCCUUAAGGAUCAUUUAGUAAGUCACAGUGUUGAGACUCCAUUUGAAUGCCCUCAGUGUGGUAAAUGUUUUAAACAAAAAGGAGCUCUUAAAACUCACAUAAAGUGUCACACUGACACUGGAGAAAGGCCAUACUGCUGCCCUCAGUGUGGAAAGACUUACAAAAAUAAAACACAGCUUAAGAACCAUUUUUUCAGUCACAGAGAUGACAGACCUUUUGCAUGUCCUCAGUGUGAUAAGACCUACAUAAGUAAAAAGCACCUAAACGAUCAUUUAGUAACUCACAGUGUUGAGAGCCCAUUUGAAUGCCUUCAGUGUGGUAAAUGUUUUAAACGACAAAGAGCUCUUAAAUCUCACUUAAAGUCUCACAUUGCAGAAAGGCCAUACAGCUGCCAUCACUGUGAGAAGGCUUACAAACAUGAAAGACACCUUAAGGAACAUCUGGUCAGUCAUGAAGAUGAGAGACCCUUUUUUGUAUGCCCUCAGUGUGGUAAGACUUGCAUGAGUGAAAGGCACCUAAACGAUCAUUUAGUAACUCACAGUGUUGAGAGGCCAUUUGAAUGCCCUCAGUGUGGUAAAUGUUUUAAACGAAAAGGAGCUCUUAAUGUUCACAUGAAGUCUCACAAUGAAGAAAGGCCAUACUGCUGCCAUCACUGUGAGAAGGCUUACAAACAUAAAUUUGACCUUAAGGCACAUCUGGUCAGUCAUGGAGAUGGGAGACCCUUUGAAUGCCCUCAUUGCGAUAAGACUUGCAUAAGUAAAAACAGCCUUAAAGAACAUUUAGUAAGUCACAGUGUUGAGAGGCCAUUUGAAUGCCUGACUGUGGUAAAUAUUUUAAACAUAAAAGGUAUCUUAAUUUCCACCUAAAGUAUCACACUGGAGAAAGAUCAUUCACCUGCCCUCAGUGUAAAAAGACUUUUCAACAAAAGGGAACUUUAGGGAACAUCUGGUCAGUCACCUAGAUGAGAGAUCCUUUGCAUGCCCUCAAAAGUUUGUUUCGAUAUGAUUGCUAAGGAGACACCGGAAGACGCAUGAAACAUAAAAAGUUGUGACUUAUCUCCAUGUGGAAGUGCCUUCAUGAGAGACGGAGACCUGGAGUGGAACCAACUGACUGCAAAAUGUGAAUAAAGAUGAACUUCAGUCUUCAGAUCCAUUACUCCAAAUUAUAUUUUUAAUGCAUUACAUCAAUGGCUGAAAUGUGUUCCUGUAGCUCAGCUCGUGGAGUAUUGUGUUAGCAGUGCUAAAGAUAUUUGGUUCGAUCCCAGGAACACCUUCUGAUUAAAUGUAUUGUAACUUUUGUUGGAUUAAAGCGUCAUAUUUGUGUCUGAAGUGAGAUUAUUAAAGAAAUCGUUUACCAAAACCAGAAAAUUUCUGUCAUUAUU